AUUUUCCCUGACAAAUUGAAACUUAACAUUUUUUCCUGAAAUGCAAUAAUUGAUAUUGCUGCAUUCAACUAUCCUUCAAUUGUCUACGUCAAUUGAGGUCAAUUAUACUUGAUACAGUAAUUUUACGAUUUUUUUCUCUCAACGAAACGGUAGUUUAGGGACAAGUCAAUAUGGUAGAAACGUUGAAUUUUUUAUUCAACCGCGUACUAUUAAUAUACUGGUCUUAGGAUAAAAAUUGUAGGAUUAAUGAGUGUUAAUUAUUCCUCUGAUGUCUCAACGAGGGAGAAAUUCACAAUUCUACGUUAAUGAACAAUUGAAUGUAUUGUGUAUUCUACAACAUAAAAUAAACAAAAUUAUCUAAUAAGUCAAAUAAUGAGACUUCGGUUCACCGUAAAAAGGCCGUCCAACCGAGAUAAAAACCGUCCAGGAAGUUGAAGAUGCUGCAGGCCGUGCGUUUAUUAACGGAAUUGGCAAGACCCAGUGAUAAUCGUCGUGACAGCGACAUGGAGCCAGCGCAGGCAUCUUCGAGCGAUGUGUCCGUGCAAUUUCGUGAGAUAUACAAAAAUGGCUGGCUGAGAAGAACCGACAAGACUGACAAGGAGACCAGUCGUUUCUGGGUUGCAUUCUGUGUUCACGAUGACACUGAGCCCAGGCUCGAGGGUUUCAGUGACCAAAAACAGGCGACAACCCACUCACCCCUCUGGGCAAACUCACUGCGUGGUAUUCAGCACAUUUCCCCCACACUUUGUGCCACAUCCAGGCACGACUACGAAUUUUGCGUUAAUUUUAAUGACGACAGGGUACUGAGACUGGCUGCACCCACUUACCAGGGAAUGCUAGAUUGGGUGCAACUGGUGACGAGGAAAUUAACGGAUAUGAAGAUACUGAGACCAAAGGAGAAUGUUUAUUCGAGAGGUCCUGAGAGAAUAGCCACGAGGGAUCCAACUAGUCCACUGCCACCACCACCAUUGCCAUCUGGAUCGGAAGGAACUGUUCAAACUCCACCGGGUACACCCUCCAGUGGACCCAGCACAUCCAGCCCUGGGUUGGAGUUGGAAGCAGUUGUUGAACCACAUCCAAUGGUUUUCACAUUUGAGGACAUCACGAUUGAAGAUCGAAGAAGGCCUGUGCAGGCGCAAACUCAGAGGACCACACCGCCAACUCCGAGUCCCAGAGUUAUUCCUGCUGCUGACCCUGGGGAAUCGGGAUAUGAGAGCAUUUUCAUGGCCUCCUCGUACGCUGUACCUGGUGAUUCAACGAGGACAGUCACCAGGGAGCCUGUGGUUACUCAGGAGCCGUCGAAUGAUAGGUAUGCAGCGCUGAUGGAGUACAGGAGCUCGGGGCCUUCGGAAAAUCGAGAGAAUGCUCGAAGUGCGUCAGCUACUGAAAAUAUACGACAAGCGCCUGCAACGAGUGCCAGGGCUGGUGGUGAAACGAGAUCAGGGGCAGCGAAUAUUCCCAGACAGCUCACACUCCGGGAGCAACAGAUCUAUCAGCUGAAACGAGAGAUGAGUCAUCGGGCUGGGGUCAGACUGCAAUUGGGGAGGAGGGACUGUAAAGACAGCAUAGCCUUUGUUGAUAGCUUUGGAUCCAUCUGGGUUGCUGGCUGGAAACAAAAAGAACAUCCAUUUCUCUACAACGUUCUCCACGUAGGAGAUAUGGUGAUCAGUGUUGCGGGUAUUACGCCACCAAAUGCGGCGACAAUUCGUGACAUUAUGAAGGGAAUGACCACGCCACGUGUUGAGGUGAUUGUCCGUCGUCUACCGUAUGCCCAAGCAAUGACCUUGACCAAACGAACCGAUAGUGACGAUUUUGGCCUCGAAGUUAAUGGCAACGAGGUAUCCGGGGUUUCGGGUGUUGCUUUGAAUCUUGGAUUAUCACCACUCGCUGACGCAACAGAUCCCACAGCCCCUGCUGGCUCCAAUACGACCUGGACACUCACGGAGAUUAAUGGUCGACCGUUGAAUAUAUUCGAUGGCGGUGCAGCUGAACGAUUGAGGGCUGUUGGACGAGAUAUUUCUAUUGUUAUUCAACCGACAGAUCUUGUGUCGUCGCUGCGUAAAAAAUUACGCUCUAUACGCAGCUAUAAAAACUUUAUUCUACAGUGAAUUCAUGACGUCCGGAAGAAUGUAUAGAUUUUUUCUCUAGGACAUGCAGAUUCCAGCCAAUUCGCAGAACAUUCUAUAGAAUAUAUUUAUACAAUUUUUCCAACGUGAUUAAUUCUAAUAAAUUGAACAUAAUUUUUUAAUUGAACGGUACUGCUAUCCGCGACAAAUCGCGACAGGCCAAUUUGACAGCUAAAUCACAAAGAUAUGAGAUAUGAGGGGAGAAUGUAUGGUAAUCUGUAGAGCAAAGCGUAUACUGUGAUAAUUUAUACGUACGCACGUGUACGUUACAACCGCGUUUACGUUGGCAGCACGAGAACGUACUAAUGUUUUGAUAAAUAAAAGUAGCGACCGAUGACAGGACCAAAGGAGGAUGAAGUUAGGAGUGAUUGAUUCUAUGAAUGAUUGGAAGGGGAUAAAUUGAGUCGGUGGAGAUAUAUUCGCUAUGAAAAAUAAUAAUUGUAGAGGGGAGGAGUAAAAUGGAUCAUUUUUGUCAUUUUCUCAAGUUAUUAAGGCCGGUCCAUUCUACCCCACAAAUGCUAUAGCAUAUACAAGUUGGUGAGUAUUACUCGUCGUAUAAAUCACACGUUGAAAAUGUAUUAUUCCUGUGAGAGCUAUUAUGUUAUUAUCACUCGAGGGAUUUGAUGGACUGAUAAGUUGGACAUUUUGGAGAAUAAAAUUGUUUAUACCACUG